AUGUUCGAACGCCAUUUCGAUCCUUCGACUCGAUGGUAUCAAGAGCUGGACAGGGACGAUAUCAACUUCUAUUUUGAAGUCCAGGUCAGGCGAGCCUACGGCAAACCCGACCCAAAGCGCAGAAUCUUGCUAGAACAGAUCACUUGCUCCGAGGUCUCCGAGUUAUGGUAUGAGAAAGCAACCCCAGAGGCCCAAACGUGUAUGAGCAUACGGGCGCGAUAUGCUCGGAAUCCAUGGCUUGACCUCACAAGCAACUCCAGAAUGAAAGUUAACAGUCUGAGCGCGAAGACGAACAAGUCAUUAGGGACGGUGGUCAUGGACAUAGUCUGGUGCUCUGCGGGGAAGGUGAACACCGUCAUCUCUUUUGGCCUUCUGGCUGCCUCAACCUGUAUCCUUAGCUCUCCUCUGCGCUCUCGCACCGAAUACGCCGUCAAAGACACCCACAAGGUACCAAGAAAAUGGCAUGAGGUCGGUUCAGCGCCUGCAAAUAAGCUGCUACACUUGCACAUUGGUCUCAAGCAAAGCCAAUUCGACGAGCUUGAAAGACAUCUCUAUGAAGUUUCGACGCCCUCCCACCCUCGCUAUGGUCAGCACCUCACCAAUGAAGAGGUUGACGAGCUGGUCAAGCCUGCCGAUGAUACCCUGAGCCUUGUUCACGACUGGCUCUUUGACAGUGGCAUUGAUCGAGCCCAGCUUAGUUAUAAUAGAGCGAAAGACUUCAUUCAAGUAUCGCUGCCUGUCCGUGAAAUUGAACGCCUUCUUGAUACCAAGUACUCGAUCUAUGAACACCUUGAUGGCGACCGCAUCAUUCGGGCUCCCAAAUGGUCGCUGCCAAAGCACUUACACGAACAUAUCGAUACGAUCCAGCCCACGAAUUCUUUCUUUCGACCUGCUGGCCGUCGAAGGACACUUAAGACGAUCAAACCAUUCGAGGAAGUUGAAGCCGCUCCUGCUCCGGACUUCUCCGCUGAGACCGAAGUUGCUGCCACGCCUGAUUCUGCGAAUGCUGCCGUGGCCAAGGUAUGCAAUACAACCUUCGUGACGCCACUGUGUCUUCGAACCUUCUACGGGACCAAAGGAUACACACCGCAAGUGCCAGGCAAGAACCAAAUCGGCUUGACGGACUUUUUGGGGGAGGCAAACAACCGUUCCGAUGUCCAGAUAUUCCUCGAGAUGUUUCGCAAGGGCGCAGCAUCAGAGGCCGAGACUUUUAGCGUUGAUGUCAUCAAUGGAGGCGAUAACCAGCAGACGCCUGACACUCCUGCACAGUUGGCCGCAGGAAAGGAUCUGGAGGGGAAUCUUGACGCUGAGACGAUCAUUGGCAUUGAUUACCCGACUCCGCUUACUGCAUUUACGACGGGUGGAAUGCCUCCAUUUAAUCCAGAUGAUCUCACUCCCACCGACACCAAUGAGCCUUAUUUGCAAUUCCUCAACGCAGUAUUGGACAUUGAUACCCUUCCUCAAAUUAUCAGCUCUUCCUACGGUGACGACGAGCAAACUGUUCCCGAAGCCUACGCCAAAAAAGUCUGCAACCUCUUUGCUCAACUGGGAGCCAAAGGCACAUCCUUCCUUACUGCAAGUGGUGACAACGGUGUCGGACCUACUGCCGACUGCUUCACCAACGAUGGCAACAAUACCGCUACCUUCCUCCCCUCCUUCCCAGACGGGUGCCCCUACGUUACCAGUGUCGGAGCCACUAAGAACUUCAAUCCUGAAGUCGUGGCGUUUGACACAGAAAAUGGCUUUUCAAGCGGCGGCGGUUUCAGCAACUACUUUGCUCGUCCAACAUACCAAAAUGACAACAGUGUCGUAAAGAAUUACAUCUCGAGUUUAGGCGGCGAGUUCAAUGGUCUCUACAAUAAAGCUGGCCGAGGCUAUCCAGACAUCGCUGCCCAGGGUCAACGGUUUGUUACCAUCUGGAAUGGAACUAUCACCAUCCUUGAUGGCACGAGUGCUUCUACACCUACAGCCUCUGCCAUCUUAGCUCUGGUCAAUGAUGCCCUACUCGCAGCUGGCAAGCCCGCUCUUGGGUUCCUAAAUCCAUGGCUGUACUCGACGGGCUAUUCUUCGUUCUCAGACAUUACGAGUGGCUCGGCUAUUGGUUGCGGAGGAAGUGGCUUCCCAGCAUUGGCCGGUUGGGAUGCUGUUUCUGGGUUUGGAACACCGCAUUUCCCCAGUGUCAAGGCAUUGGCUCUAAGCUCAAACGCAAAGGAGCGAGUUUAA